AUGAGGUUGGUAAAUGAUGACAUUGAUGUAGAUGGUGCAAUGGUUGGUGUGACUGGUGUAGAUGCAGAGUUGGAACCGGUCACAGUCAACUUGUACCACUUUAACGAACUCUCGAUACGUCCAUUAUCGAGAUCGGUCUGCUCACUAUUAUUGAUGGUCGCAAGUGUAGGCGACGAAGUAGAGUUUGACGCAAAUAUGGGGAUGGGGUUGGCCUGGAUACGCUGGCCAUUCUGGUACGACACAAAUGGUGGUGAGUCCAUACCCGAUGGUGACGAUGGCACCGACAACGAGUAUGGUGGUGGCAUGGCCAUCCCAUACAAUUGCGGUGACCCCGAUAAUCCAGGUGUACCAUUACUAUGUGCACCAACCGACGAUGACGAUGCUGCCGAGUUGGUUGAUGAUGAAAGUGUAUUAUUAUUAUUAUUAUUAUUACUGCUAUUAUUACUAUUGUUGAUUGGAAUUGGUACACUCGUCGAUGAAGUACCAAUCAUAAUGGGUGAAGGUGGAAACACGCUGUUUCCACUCUGGCUCAAUGUCUUUGGUGAUUGUCUAGGUGAUGGAGGUGGUGAUGCUGAUGAAGUGGUUGAUGCGUCCAAUAUCGGUGAUGAGUUUGGUUGA